AUGCUUUCGUCUGCACUGCGACAGACGAAAUGGAAAUCAGCUAGCGGAUCAGUCAGAGUAGGCAAGCCGGAGAUUCCGCCAUACAGACCCGAGCCGGCCGAGACGAGAGAUCGUAAACACUGGCCGGGCUGUGGUCAAGAUCGUGCCAGAGUAAUGCGACAACCUGGACACUCGAAUACAUUCAACGGGGCCCGGAUGGUCUCGAAGGGUUGCAGAGGCCUGAAUGAGGUCACCGCAACGAACGGUUGA